CGUUGGGAGCUCACUGUGACACUAGAUUUUUCUUUUUUGUAGACAAGUGUGGAUCUAAAAAUUGGCUUGCAGUUUUAGUAAUGAAACAUUAAUUUAGUUUGUUCCAACACACAUUAUAAGUGCGAGGUACUGUGAUGUUCCUCAAUUAAAGACGCUGUCAUUCAUAGAGAUUAUUUGUUACAGUUCUCUUAAGUGAUAGCACUUUGCAGAUGAUUCAGUGAUGAGCAAGUACAACAAAAAUAUUUUGAACUGAAAAUUUUCCUAAUCCGGAAUAUACGUUAUAAGUGAUGAACGGAACGGAAGAAGCCUUGAUGAUUACGUGACAUGAAAAUUGCCACCAUUUGAAGAUUUGUUAUAGAACACCUUAAAAUAUGGUGUCUUGGGCAGGAAACAUUCAGGAUGAUCCAGUUCGACGCACGGUUUUGGAAGGGCAUGCGGCACUGGAACGAACAGCGAACAGUUUGGCACGUUCCCAGGCAAUUGCAGCUGAAACUGAGACACUAGGAGGAGAAGUGAUCGCUGAGCUGGGGGAGCAGAGGGAGAGUUUGUUGAGAAAAGUCAAAAUGAAAAUUAAUGAAGCGCCAGGUGAAGUAGGGGAAAAAGUACGGGCAAAAAUGCAAACGGUUUUGCAGAAGAACACUGGCCUGAAGGAGUUGUGUGCAGCUGCUGACAUACUUAGUGGAAAAUCCAGCACUCCUGACUGCAGCAUUCCUGUCCAACAUGUGCCGAAAAUGAGGCAUUACCUACAAACAAAUCCAUGGUACAGCAAUUGACACCCACUGGCACCAUUCUCUGGCGUAUUCAUGGGCAAUCCAAAGACUAAAUUCAGUAAUGAACACCAUAACUACACCAUAUCAGUUGAGUGUGAGCACAGAUGGAGUCAUCUACCAAAAAGUAAGUGACUAUAGGGAUAUAAUAUCAACUGAUAAGCUUGUAAAAUAAAAUGUGAAUUAUAUUGCUGGAUUUUGAAACGCAUUCAAAAGAGUAAACCACUCCUACCUCUUCCAGAAUACAUGGGCUAAGAACUGUCAAGAUUUCAUCAUCAUAAAGAAGUUCCUACAAAAUGCCAUAUCCAGAAUUACUGUAAAUGGUCAGUCCAGCAGUCCAUUCAAAAUCGGCAGCUCAGUAAGGCAUGGAUGCCUGAUGUCCAUGGCACUCUUCACCACUGCGAUAGUAGAGCUUCACAUUUUGAGCCUAAAUCAUAACAUCCAAGGGUUAACAAUACGGGCUCAGAGUAUUGUAUUUUGACGACAUUGGGUUUCUGGUAAUGGGUGCCAGUGAAAUACAAAAACGCUGCAGAUAAUAAACGAGUAAGAACUAGCAUCAAGUGCUAAAUUAACAGAAAUAAGUCUGGAAUAAUGAAUACUGGUUGUGGAUUAGAAGCUCUCACCCAAAGACAAAAUUCAGGAUAUUACGAAUAUGAAAAUUACAGAAAAAUAUGAAGUACAGAGAGUGGAUUUGGGAAAACAUCUACAUAACAUCUGAAAUAAAUUGGCAACAAGUCCUGCACCUGCCAAAAGUAUAUCAUCUGCUCUGGGUCCCUUCACCAGCUGCAGACAUAUCUUUAAAGUGAAAUCUGAAAUGCUGAAAUUGACUGCAGACAAUGGCAGUUUUAAAUCUUACAGAUGUGUACAAUGAAGUGGACACAAUGUACAUUUGUAAAACAUUCAGACAGUGGAAGAAGUCACCAAAUAACAUAGUGGCUUCUCUGUUAAAUGAAAUAGCGCAGCCCCCAGUAAUGUCCACAAUAUCCCAAAUGAAUUAUACCAUCUGAAACAUUUCCUCAUAAAAUAUAGUUACACUCAAAUGAGAACUGAGAACCUUAUGAUCAAAUUGAAAAAUGUGAACAAAAGCUUGAUGCAAAGUAGAAGCAGGAAUGUCAUAAAACAAAAGACAACUGGCACAAAAUCUGUAAGAAUAUUCGCAACCUGCUGUUACCGACCAGUAUAAGGGUUAAGUGGUACUGCAGUGUUAAUAAAGAAAUCACAACAAACUCAGGACUGUACUCCAAUCAUACUUUCAGAUUCUCCACUGUGUACCACCUGCAGUCUUACUGUCACCAAAGCACAUAAAAUUGUUUGCAGUAAUGCAAACAAUGUAUGGUUGUCCAUGAGAAAAAAAUGACCAACUAACCAAAGGACAUCGUCCAACACAAUAACACUGAUGUGCCUUCUACAUCCAGGUGAAGAACCUUACCUGAAAAUGAAAAAAGCUGUCAAUUAAUAAAAAGGACAUACAGUGUUUUACAUAUUCUCAAAAUGGGAAAUGACUGCACGAACUACAACAGAUUAAUAAUUAUGAGAAAUAUGUAUUCUUCCUCAGAAGAACUGUAAUGUGAAUUCUACCCAAAUGUCAACUAAAAAAUUAUUCAAUUGCCAAUUUCUUACAGAUUUUUGUACAAAGACUGAAAUGUGAAUGUGUUGUAGAGUAUAUGAUUUUUUAUAAACGGAAUUUGUUUUGUUAUGUUCUUUGAUUAUGUG